AUGUCUGACGACGAGGGCUUUGAUAUAACGGGCUCUCUUGCCCUCAAAGGCCAAGAGUUUGCCUCCGACUCAAGUUCUGAGUCUGACUUCAGUGACAACGAAGAGAUCAGAGAUGUGAUUUCCUCAGACGAUGAGGGUGAUGAGGUUGAGCCAAAACCCAAAAAUGCUAAGAAUGCUGACAAGAAAGCGAGCAAAGCUUCGUUCCCAAAGCUUGAGCUUUCUGAUGAUGAGGAAGACGAAAAAGCUGAUGAGGAUUUAUCUUCCUACUUUGUCCAAAAUAACCCUACUGCUAAGAAGGCCAAGGCUGGUUCAUUUGCAUCUUUUGGUCUUUCCAAAUUUGUCUUAAUCAAUAUUGCAAAGAAAGGUUUUAAGCAACCUACACCUAUCCAAAGAAAGACGAUACCGCUCAUCAUGGAAAAUCGUGAUGUGGUUGGUAUGGCCAGAACUGGUUCUGGUAAGACUGCUGCAUUCGUUCUACCUGUUAUAGAGAAGCUCAAGUCCCACAGCGCCAAGGUUGGUGCAAGAGCAAUUAUCUUGUCUCCAUCGAGAGAAUUGGCUUUGCAAACUUACAAACAAGUGAAGGAGUUCAGCCGUGGCACUGACUUGCGGUCAUUGGUGCUAAUUGGUGGUGAUUCUUUGGAGGACCAGUUCUCUUCAAUGAUGACAAACCCUGAUAUCAUUGUCGCUACUCCUGGUAGAUUCUUGCAUUUGAAGGUCGAGAUGCAGCUAGAUUUGAGUACCUGUGAGUACAUUGUCUUCGAUGAGGCUGAUCGAUUAUUCGAAAUGGGUUUCGCAGAACAAUUGAACGAAUUGAUUGCAUCAUUACCAGAGUCUAGACAGUCGCUUCUUUUUUCUGCUACUCUCCCCAGAUCUUUAGUUGACUUCGCCAAAGCUGGUUUGACCAACCCUGUCUUGGUCCGUCUCGACGCUGAAACUAAGGUCUCUGAAAACUUGCAGAUGGCAUUUUUCACCACGAAGAAGACUGAGCGUGAAGCUGCAUUGUUGCAUAUCCUUCAAGAAGUUGUCAAGCUUCCACUUGCGACUCCAGAGGAGCUCGCCAGAGUCAAGGCAGAGAGCAAAAAAGCCGACGAGCUUUCCGAUGAUGAAGAAGAAAACAAGGAUAAGCCUAAAAAGAAAUUCAAGAAGCAAAGGCUUCCACCAGCUAAUGUUUUGCCUUCUGAACAUUCCACCAUCGUUUUUGUUCCCACAAAGCAUCAUGUUGAGUACAUUGCUGGUCUUCUUAAAGAUGCCGGGUACUUGGUUUCCUACAUUUAUGGUUCGCUUGACCAGCGUGCGAGAAAGGAGCAGCUUUACCGUUUCAGAAUUGGCUUCACGAGCAUUCUUGUCGUCACUGAUGUCGCUGCUCGUGGUAUCGAUAUUCCUGUUCUUGCCAAUGUCAUCAACUUCACUUUGCCAGCCUCUCCAAAGAUCUUUAUCCACAGAGUUGGUAGAACUGCCAGAGCUGGUAACAAGGGUUGGGCCUAUUCCAUUGUGAAUGAGAAAGAACUUCCUUACCUUCUCGACCUUGAACUUGUUUUAGGCAAGAAGAUCCUUCUUACCUCAAUGCAUGAGAAGAAAUGUGAACUCUUAAAAGAAAGCAAGGGAUCUGACUAUGAGGAGCCCAGAGUGUCAUAUACCGACAGGCUUGUGUUGGGAUCUCUUCCGCGUGGGCCAUUGGAGACCUUUGAAGAAAUGUAUGAAAAUUUGUUGAAGAAUAACUACGAUCUCAAGACGAUGAAGGAUGUUGCAGCGAAGGGUGAGAAGCUUUAUCACCGGACAAGACAAGCUGCAUCGGUUGAGUCUGUGAAGAGGACAAAAGAGGUGUUGGAAACUGGUUCUUGGGAUGACCAGCACCUUCUUUUUGGGCCAAACAUGGAAAAAGAGAAAGAAAAGUUUUUGGCACGUCUCGGCAACAGAAAUACCAAGGAGACAGUGUUCGAGUUCUCUAAAAAAGGAAGAGAGAAGGAGGAAGAUGGCAUGGUCGUGUUGAUGCAGAGGAGACGCAGACAAAUAGCUCCACUUCAACGCAGAGCCAAGGAGAAGAGGGAAUUACUUGAGCAAGAGCGUGCUGCAGGUCUCACUCAUAGCAUCCAAGAUGAGAUAUUGAAAUCCGAUGCUGGCGAAGUCGGUUAUGCGGUGAAGUCUGUGGAAGCAGAUGAAGACGAAUUGCAGGAUGCUUUUGAGGACGCUGAUGAACUCAUCGCAAAGAAGAAGAAGGAGAAGAAGAGCUUCAGAGACCCCAACUUUUACAUGAGUCAUCAUGUUCCCGCUGCAGAGGCUAUCGAGGAUAAGCACUACGGCUUGUCAUCGUUUGCAAACGAUGCAGCUCUGGCCACAUUUGACUUGGACAACGAUGAAAAGGUCCAGAAACAGUCGCAAGUCAUGAGAUGGGAUAAAAAGAAGGGCAAGUAUAUCAAUUCUCGAUCCGCUGAUGACACGAAGUACAUCAUCAGUGAGUCUGGUCAGAGGAUCCCGGCAACAUUGCGCUCUGGUAAGUUUGAUGAAUGGAGAAAGAAGAGAAACAUCCAGUCAGCCCAGGCUGGUAUGGCUGAGAACGUUGCUGAGAACAACCAAAACAAGAGAUUCAAGCACAACAAGGUUGCCGCUCCUAAAUUGCCUGAUAAGUUCAGAGAUGACUACCACAAGCAGAAGAAGAAGGUUGGCAAGGCCGUUGAUGCCGGUGUUAAUGUGAAGGGUUUCAACAAGCCUGGUCAGAAAGAAGAGUUGAGACUGACGGAUCAAAUCAGAAAGAUGAGAAACCUCAAGGAGAAGAGGAGAGCGAAGAAUGCUCGUCCAAGCAGCAAGGGCAAGAGGAGAUAA